CCUCUGAAGAAGCUGAUGGAAUCAUACUCCCGUCCAUUAUUGCUCCAUCUUCUGCUUCCUUGGAAAAGGUGGACUUCAGCAGCUCAUCGGAUUCUGAAUCUGAGAUUGGCCCUCAAGAGCGGGGACAAAGUGAGGGGAAGGAGCGAAAGUUGACUUUACCGCUUGCUGGAAUAAUGCAAAGAGAUGGCACCAAACCUCUUCCUAGUGUUACCGAGCUUUUCCCAGAAUUUAGACCCGGCAAGGUUUUACGUUUUCUUCGACUUUUUGGGCCUGGGAAAAGUGUCCUUUCAGUCUGGCGCAGCGCACGGCGAAAACGCAGAAAGAAGCACAGAGAAAUGCCCCAAGAAAUUCAGACAAAGGAGGGUGAGGAAGCAGAGGUCGUAACUGACAAGUCCUCUUGUUGGGAAUAUGAAUAUGCUCCACCACCGCCACCUGAGCAGUGCCUUUCAGAUGAUGAGAUCACCAUGAUGGCUCCCGUGGAAUCAAAGUUCUCCCAGUCUACUGGGGAUACAGAUAAAAUUGCAGAUACAAAACCUAAAGUAGCAGAAUGGCGCUAUGGACCAGCUCAGCUGUGGUAUGAUAUGCUUGGCGUGCCUGAAGAUGGCAGUGGAUUUGAUUAUGGGUUUAAGUUGAAAGAGAAUGAUGCAGAGGAUGCUGAAAAGAAACCAGAGGAAUCCACAGAGGCUCAAUUUCAAGAUGAACAUUUCCUGAUGGUAACACAGCUUCAGUGGGAGGAUGAUGUCAUCUGGAACGGGGAGGAUGUUAAGCACAAAGUAACAAAGACCCAGAGAGCCAGUUUAGCGGGUUGGCUUCCCUCCAGUAUGACCAGGAAUGCCACAGCCUACAAUGCCCAGCAAGGGCUAAAUCGAAGUGGAUCACUUUUAAAUCUACCAACGCCUCUAGUGCAAAAGCCAAGCAUACCAGGUUCUUUGAUCUCUUCUAAAGGGAAGGAAAAACACCCUCCAGAACAGCAAGCAUCUACUGAAGAAGAUCGCCCAUGGUUUUCCAUUUUUCCUAUCGACAAUGAGGAACUGGUUUAUGGACGAUGGGAAGAUAACAUAAUUUGGGAUGAUGAAGCCAUGGACAGGAUUUUAGAGCCUCCUGUUUUAACCUUAGAUCCAAAUGAUGAAAACAUAAUACUGGAAAUCCCAGAUGAAAAAGAAGAAACUACCUCAAAUUCUCCCUCUAAGGAAAGCAAAAAGGAGUCAUCGCUAAAGAAAAGUAGAAUUUUAUUAGGGAAAACUGGGGUGAUCAAAGAGGAGCCCCAGCAGAACAUGUCUCAGCCAGAGGUAAAGGAUCCCUGGAAUUUAUCCAAUGAUGAAUUUUACUAUCCAAAGCAGCAGGGAUUACGAGGAACAUUUGGAGGAAACAUUAUCCAGCACUCGAUCCCGGCAGUAGAGCUCAGACAGCCUUUUUUCCCUACACAUAUGGGUCCUAUGAAACUGCGGCAAUUACACCGCCCUCCAUUAAAGAAAUAUUCAUUUGGGGCCCUUUCCCAACCAGGAGCACACUCCGUGCAACCGCUUCUUAAACACAUCAAGAAGAAGGCAAAGAUGAGAGAGCAAGAGCGGCAGGCAUCUGGAGGAGGAGAGAUGUUUUUUAUGCGUACUUCACAGGAUCUUACAGGCAAAGAUGGAGACCUAAUUUUGGCUGAGUACAGUGAAGAAAAUGCGCCGUUAAUGAUGCAAGUUGGCAUGGCAACCAAAAUCAAGAACUAUUACAAGAGGAAACCAGGGAAGGAUCCUGGUGCACCAGACUGCAAGUAUGGAGAGACCGUUUAUUGUCACACCUCCCCGUUCCUUGGCUCUCUGCACCCAGGGCAGCUUUUACAGGCUUUUGAAAAUAAUUUAUUUAGAUCUCCAAUCUACUUGCACAAGAUGCCUGAAACAGACUUCCUGAUAAUUCGCACCCGCCAAGGCUAUUUUAUUCGCGAUUUGGUGGACAUUUUUGUCGUUGGGCAACAGUGUCCUCUCUUUGAAGUUCCUGGCCCAAACUCUAAAAGGGCAAACACGCAUAUCCGGGAUUUCUUGCAAGUGUUCAUAUAUCGUCUUUUUUGGAAAAGCAAAGAUAGACCUCGCCGAAUUCGCAUGGAGGAUAUUAAAAAGGCUUUUCCUUCCCAUUCAGAGAGCAGCAUCAGAAAGAGACUUAAACUGUGUGCAGAUUUUAAAAGAACAGGAAUGGACUCUAAUUGGUGGGUUUUGAAACCAGAUUUCCGCUUACCAACAGAAGAAGAGAUUCGCGCAAUGGUGUCUCCGGAGCAGUGCUGUGCCUAUUACAGCAUGAUUUCAGCAGAACAGCGUUUAAAGGAUGCUGGCUAUGGAGAAAAAUCCUUUUUUGCCCCCGAUGAGGAGAAUGAAGAGGACUUCCAGAUGAAGAUAGACGAUGAGGUAAGGACUGCACCUUGGAACACUACAAGAGCAUUUAUUGCUGCUAUGAAAGGAAAAUGUCUGUUGGAGGUGACUGGAGUUGCAGACCCAACUGGCUGUGGAGAAGGAUUCUCUUAUGUGAAGAUCCCCAACAAACCAACUCAACAAAAGCAAGAUGAUAAAGAGCCUCAGCCGGUGAAAAAAACAGUGACAGGAACUGAUGCAGAUUUGCGCAGACUUUCAUUGAAGAAUGCCAAACAGUUGCUCCGCAAAUUUGGAGUGCCAGAAGAAGAGAUUAAGAAGCUUUCUCGAUGGGAAGUAAUAGAUGUGGUGAGAACAAUGUCCACUGAGCAAGCACGCUCUGGAGAGGGACCAAUGAGCAAAUUUGCUAGAGGAUCACGUUUCUCUGUGGCAGAACAUCAAGAAAGAUAUAAAGAGGAGUGCCAGCGCAUAUUUGAUCUUCAGAAUAAAGUCUUAGAAUCUGCAGAGAUUUUGUCCACAGACACAGAUAGCAGCUCCGCUGAAGACAGUGACUUUGAAGAGAUGGGAAAAAACAUUGAGAACAUGCUACAGAAUAAGAAGACUAGUUCUCAGCUGUCUCGAGAGCGAGAAGAGCAGGAGAGAAAAGAGCUGCAGAGGAUGUUAAUGGGGGAAGACAGUGGCAAUGACAAAGAGCGGAGCCGAAAAGACAAAAAAGACAGAAAAGGAUUUUCCACAGGGUCAGCUACUCCAGGAGGCUCUCACAGGGAUGAUGACACUGCUUCAGUGACAAGUCUAAAUUCAGCAGCUAGUGGACGUCGACUGAAAAUCUACCGCACAUUUAGAGAUGAGGAUGGAAAAGAAUAUGUUCGAUGUGAGACAGUGCGCAAACCAGCUGUCAUUGAUGCUUAUAGUCGAAUCCGUACCACUAAAGAUGAUGAAUUUAUCCGGAAAUUUGCCCUCUUUGAUGAACAACAUCGUGAGGAGAUGAGGAAAGAGAGGCGAAGAAUACAAGAGCAGCUUCGAAGACUGAAACGCAACCAAGAAAAGGAAAAACUAAGAGGUCCACCUGAGAAGAAACCCAAGAAAAUGAAGGAACGUCCAGACCUAAAGCUAAAAUGUGGAGCUUGUGGAGCAAUCGGGCAUAUGAGGACCAACAAGUUUUGUCCACUGUACUACCAAACUAAUGCUCCUCCAUCUAAUCCAGUGGCAAUGACUGAGGAACAGGAAGAGGAGCUGGAAAAGACAGUGAUACACAAUGACAAUGAGGAGUUGAUCAAAGUGGAAGGAACCAAAAUAGUCUUGGGAAAACAGCUUAUUGAAAGUGCGGAUGAGGUCCGUAGGAAAUCCUUGGUCUUGAAGUUCCCUAAACAACAGUUACCUCCAAAGAAAAAGAGAAGAGUUGGAAGUACUGUGCAUUGUGACUACUUAAAUCGACCUCAUAAGUCUAUACAUCGUAGGAGAACCGAUCCUAUGGUCACCCUAUCUUCAGUUCUUGAGUCCAUCAUUAAUGACAUGAGAGACAUGCCCAAUACCUAUCCUUUUCAGAGUCCAGUUAAUGCUAAAGUAGUGAAGGAUUACUACAAGAUAGUGACAAAUCCUAUGGAUUUACAAACAUUAAGAGAAAAUGUGCGCAAGAGAAUGUAUCCAUCCCGUGAAGAGUUUCGUGAACAGGUGGACCUAAUUGUCAAGAAUAGCAUCCUUUACAAUGGUCCCAAACAUGCAUUGACUCAGAUUUCCCAAGAAAUGUUGAAUUUAUGUGAUGAGAAACUGAGAGAGAAAGAAGACAAGCUGGCAAGAUUGGAGAAAGCAAUUAACCCAUUGCUGGAUGAUGAUGACCAAGUCGCCUUCUCCUUUAUCUUGGAUAAUAUUGUGACUCAGAAGAUGAUGGCAGUGCCAGAUUCAUGGCCUUUCCAUCAUCCUGUAAAUAAAAAGUUUGUUCCUGACUACUACAAAGUCAUUACCAACCCAAUGGAUUUGGAGACAAUUCGGCAGAAUAUUUCUAAACACAAAUAUCAAAAUCGGGAAUCCUUCCUGGCUGAUGUUAAUUUUAUUUCUGCAAACAGCGUAAAAUACAAUGGGCCAGACAGUCAGUAUAGUAAAACUGCACAGGAAAUCGUCAAUGUUUGUAGCCAGACUCUGGCUGAGUAUGAUGAGCACCUAACACAACUAGAAAAGGAUAUUUGCACAGCUAAAGAGGCUGCUCUGGAUGAUGCUGAUCUAGAGAGUCUGGAUCCAAUGACUCCUGGACCAUAUACUCCCCAGCCUCCUGACUACUAUGACACAAACACGUCCCUCAGCAUGUCCCAGGAAGCUCCUUACUACCCUGAUGAAAGCAAUAUGUCAGCCACAGAAGCAGCUACAGCUUCACUUGGAAAGAGAAGCUUGAUGAGACUAGGAAGGAACCGUCUAGGGGAAGAUGAUUCAGAUAUUGACAUUGAAGGAUAUGAAGAUGAUGAUGAUGAUGAUGAUGGGAAACCUAAGACUCCAGCCCCUGAAAUUGAGGAUGUUGAUGGGGAUUUGGCUGAGGAAGAUGAGAAUACAGUGCAACAGCCGCAGGCCAGUGUAUUAUACGAGGAUUUACUGAUGUCUGAUGGUGAAGAUGAUGAUGAUGGAAGCGAUGAGGAAGGAGAUAAUCCCUUCUCAUCCAUCCAGCUUAGUGAAAGUGGCAGUGACUCAGACAUUGAGUCAGGAGGAAUUAGACCUAAACAGCCUCACAUGCUACAGGAGAAUACCAGACUGGGGAUGGAAAAUGAUGAAAGUAUGAUGUCAUAUGGGGAAGGAAUGGAGACCUCUCAAGGCAUAGAAGACAGCAAUAUCAGUUAUGGAAGUUAUGAGGAGCCUGACCCGAAAUCUAACACUAGAGACACCAGUUUCAGUAGCAUGGGAGGCUAUGAGUUAUCAGAAGAAGAGGAGGAUGAGGAAGAGGAGCAUCGUGGGCCCAAUGUGCUCAGUCAGAUCCAGCUAUCGGAGGAUGAAGAAGACAGUGAAGAGUUUGCCUCCAUUCAUGGAGAUAGUGACGUGGAUUCUGAUAAUUAAAAGAACUAAGUAAAAAUCUAACUUUCACGCCUUGUGUGGAGAGCAUAAAUACAUUAUUUCAAAAACUUUGCAACAUACUGUAUAUGAAAUGUAGCCUUUUAGGGUUUUAAACUUUAGGAGCAGCUCUGUAUCAGAGUCCUGUUUUACCUGAAGCAGCAUACAAUUUAAUUGCCCUUGUAAAUAUAUGCACGUUUUCAGUGUAAUGUACAAAGAUUUUCCUGUACUGUUUAAAUAAAGUUCACUUUGUUUUUGUUUA